CGUUGCUACGCUGAUGUUUAUUGUUUACAUAGAUUCCUACUUUCAAUUCGAGAAUAUUCGGGUCUAUACACGUGAUACAGUUACCGAUGUAAACAAGUUUAUUGUAUGAAGGGAAUUCUUCAAAGAAAAGUUACAGGCUGUUGAUAAUCUGCGCAUUAUUAAUUAAGGUGACAUUAAGUAACAAAGAUGCCUUUAAUAGAAGAGAUAGUUGAGACAACCACAGUGGUUCAGACUGCUCCAGCUGAUACUAACAUAGAAAACAAAGUUGUCAUUGAAGUUGUUGAGAACCAAACAAGUGAAGAUAAUAAUGACGAGAUGCCUGCACUAGAAGAAGACGGUGGUGGUGAUACUUCUGUAGUUGUAAAGAAAGAAGAUCCAAACGGAACUGUUGAGAACAAUAAGGAAACAAGUGUUGAAAAAGGAAAGAAAGAUGAAAAGGAAAAAGAAGAAGACAGAUACUUUAGGUUGAGUAAGAAGUUUUUGAAGCAGCACUGCAAGGACAUGAAACUAUAUAUCACACCAGAACUAAAUGAUGUACUGUAUCUUCACUACAAAGGUAUUCAUAAGAUUGAGUGCCUGGAGGAAUAUACAGGUCUAAAAUGUCUCUGGUUAGAAUGUAACGGUAUCUCUAAGAUUGAUGGCCUCGAGAACCAGAAGGAACUACGAUGUUUGUACCUCCAUCAGAAUCUCAUUACGCAGAUAGAGAAUCUCGAGCCGUUACAGAAACUUGACACGCUGAAUGUCAGUAGUAAUCUCAUCACCAAGAUCGAGAACUUGUCAUGCAUCCCUCAGCUGCAUACACUACAGAUAACUCAUUGUAAACUGAAAGUUGCCGAAGAUAUUGAGCAUUUGAUAGAUUGUGAGGAGUUGUCUUGUCUAGAUCUCUCUCACAAUAAGAUCACAGACACUAAAGUUAUUGAUGUGUUCGAAAAGAUGAAAAAUCUCCGUGUAUUGAAUUUGAUGGGAAAUGAAGUGAUUAGAAAUAUCAAGAAUUACAGAAAGACACUAAUUGUUAGAUUGGUAAAUCUUCAGUAUUUGGAUGACAGGCCAGUAUUCCCUAAAGACAGAGCAUGUGCAGAGGCUUGGAAUGCAGGUGGUGUUGAAGCAGAAAGAAUUGAGAGACAGAAAUGGGUUGAUGCUGAAAGGAAAAAAAUAUCAGACAGUGUUAAUGCAAUGAGUAAAAAAAGGUUACAGAACUUGGCUAAACGUUUCCAGAAAGAACUAGAUGAAGCUGGAGAGGGUGAAGAGGUUGAUAUAUCAACUAUAGAUUGGUUAACUGAUACAUACAAGACUAAAUCACAGGUGGCUCGUGAAGCGAAAGAACGGACGGAGAGAGGAGAUACUCAAACUGAUACAAAUACAGACAUGCCCGACCUUGAAGAUGUUGAUGUAUCAGAACAGUUGAAAAAUGAGCCGGGUACCAGGCUAGUCAUUGAAGAUGUUACUACAGAGGAACCAAAAGAAUCAGGAACCAGUCAGCCAGAAGAAAUUCCUUUGAUAAAACCUAACAAUGCUCAACAAGCAGAGGGAAUCUUUUCUUCCGGAAAAAAAUCAAAACCAGUUGAUAGCUCAGAAAUUUUCAUAACAGAAAUGGCAGAUGAUAAAUCCAUUGAGUCUAUAAGUCUGCCAGCAUCCAGUCGAGCAGAAAAAGGAACGUUCAAACCUAAAAUAGAAGUUCUUGGUGACGAUGAUGAUUCUGAUACAGAUUCAGACAGUGAUGAAGAGGAAACUGGUGCUAAUGAUAAUAUGUGGGCCAAACCGUCAGGAGAUAAGCAGAAACUUAUUCAAGACAUGAAUGAACCCUCGGACAUUGAGAAAACACGAAAACUAGUGGAAGAAGUAAACAUAUCAGCUUCAGUUAAAGGGAAUUCAUCAGAAAUGUCAAAAGAAAGGCCUUAUGGUAUGGGACAAGUCAUUAACAGCCCAGGUGCCUUAAGAAUGGCAAUGGACUUUUCUGAAGACGAGAAAAAAUACGCGGCCAUGAGUAAAGAGGAAAAGAUUCAGGAUCUUGCGGAGAAUCUAGGUUUGAGUCACAGUAGAAAAUAUGACAACCUGGACGUAUGGAGUCCUGACGAUGAACUUGACUGAAACUCUGUAGAAUUAUGGACCCUCCAGGAUUUCUGAGUAAAUGUAAUCAAAUAUGAAUAGAAUUUGAUUUACAACAACUACAACUGAAAUGGUACAAGUUUUAUUUGUACGCAAAUAACAGCAUGUGUUUUAUUUAUUGAAUAGUUUUAUUCAACAAGUUAAAACUUGUUUAUUUUUUAAAUUUAUUGUGAAGAGAGUAUGAGUUGAUGUACAUCGUGUUUUAGAAGCCAUGAA